GAGCACAGUCUAGUCAGUGCAGUAGAUCAGACUCUACGCCGCGCCAGGUCUUCCCUACUUCUUCUUCAUCAUCCCUAGGCCCUGCAGAAUAUUUGAAUGACCAGUUUUUGCAGUUGGUGAGUCCUACCCACGUGGAGUCAGGACCCUGUGCAGAAGUAACUAAUGUUACUUCUGACAGUUCUGUAAUAACUAAAGUUACUUGUAGUUUGUGAACUGAUGGACGGGAAUAUGUCUACCGGUAUAUGGAUAUGACCUGAGUUCUUUUGUGUGUGUGAUUACUUGAAUAUAUUUUGGAGCAGUACAUGCCUCAGCCUCCGUGGAUUCUUGAUACCUGCCGGUCUGCCAUGGCGCAAGCUCCAGACGAGAAAGUGGGCACCACUGCCGAUGUUGCUCGAGAAUUGAUGAUACUGGUGUACAAGGAUCGCCUUGUUGAAGCUGGCCAUGUGGACUUGCCUCCCUGCCUGAGCGCGAGCCACGUAAACGGCGGAGACAAGCACGACCAAUUGGCCCGAGUAAUGGUCGGGAUGUGUCGGCAAGUCAGAUCCCAAUACGAGUCGAAGUUUGCUGACAUGAUUGGGCAAAUGUCGUUCACUGCACGAACUGGAUAUGGACAGUUUCUUACGUUUGCAUCAGAAUUGUUCCAAGCUGGCGUAACACACGGAAAAAUUGUGUCCCUGUACGUAUUCUGUGCGGAGCUUGCAAACAGCUGUAUGAACAACCCGGCAUCGCUGGGAGCACAUUAUGUAGCCAGCCUUAUGUCGUGGCAGUUGCGCUGUUUCAAAGAAACUGUGGACAGCUGGCUUAUCAAACAGGGUGGCUGGUCGAGCUUUGAGAAGGUGUUUGCGCCCAAAGUGGUGGGCUUGGACAACAUCACGCCUGGCCACUUGCCGUGUGCCGACCCAGAGGAUAGAAAGCCGGAGGUGUGGCGUUCGCGUAUGGCCGGGAUGGCCGUCAUGACGCUGGGCCUCGCCUACGUGCUAGGUAGCUGAGAUGGACCAAACAUACGCCUACUGCUACUAUUGUUGUUGUGUUGAUGUUGCUGAGUAUAUGCGCGGGGAGACAUCCCGCUGCCAUGCCGCUUCGGCAUCGGUCCUAGCAGUAUUUGUCGAAACCAUGCAGUGAACACCGCCUGUAAGUCAUCCAGCGAGCACUUCGAGAUGAUCAGGGACAUUGUACACCGCGGAUAUGUCUUGUCGCGGGCUGAGCUGCUAGCUUGUAGCCACCCACUUGUUUGCACAGUGCUGCCGUCUUAGACCAGUGUCUUGUGUGUGUGUGUGUGUGUGUGUGUGUGUGACACUGAACGAAAUGCACCAUCAGUCGAACUCGCUGACGUGUGAAUGCGUGUGAAUGCGUGUGCACAGCUGCACUUUUCUCACCCUCAAACCUUACCUGCCACCGUUAGCAGCGUAUUUUCGUAUAUUUUUUCUUUAUCUGCAGAAAUAUGGCUUUUCUUACUUAGCCUGGCUUCAGUGUCACCAAGAGCCAAGGCUUCUGCUUGCAUACCUAUUGCUUCCCCCUCCCUCCCUCCCUCCCUCUCUCUCUCUCUCUCUCUCUCUCUCUCUCUCUCUCUCUCUUUCUUUCUCUCUCUCUCUCUCUCUCUCUCUCUCUCUCUCUCUCUCUCUCUCUCUCCCCCCCCCCCCCCGUGCUUUAGCUUUUUGCUGUGACAGCAUGGCCUUUGUGUGUGUGUGUGUGUGUGCGUGUGUGUGUGUGUGUCUGUGUGGACGUAGUGCGAGGAAGCCUUUCUCUUUCCAGGUUAGUCUUGUGUUUAUCUAGGUUAUUCGUAGUAGUGUGUGUGUGUUCAGUGUAUUGUGCUGGUCAGUUUGGCACGAGUGCAUGUCAUUGAAAGGCAUCGCUAUAUCCACUGCAGUGGCCUUUCCACCAUCUCUCAUUCAGCUAGCAUCAUAAAACAAUUACGAUAGCAUGUGCCGUUCACCACCCCCUCAUCAUAUUUAUCUCAUAUAAGUGAGCAGUUUGCUACUUACAAAAUAUUCCAACUAUAAUCCUUACUCGAAUGUCCGCCAUAUACGAAAGGCUCAGUUCAUUACUCGAUGCUGCCAGCCACAUGUUGCCGUGUAUUUUUUUCUGGUCUACUCUACUUCAAAGUGUAUGUAUGUGUAUUGUGUGUCUGUGUCUGUCUCAGAAUAGAAUGUUGCCGUCAGAGUGA